CUAUUAUUUCAAGGGGGGUUUGGGGCGAAAGAAGGAAAUAGAAUGGGCGGUGGCAGUCUCCUCACCAAGAGAGCAGCAGCAGCUACAAAUCAAACACUAAGCUUAUUCAAAAGACUAUCACCAUUCACCAUCUUGCUAAAAACCCUAACUACUUCUUCUUCUUCUUCUGCAGCCAGUGCUCAAAACCCUAAACAUGAAACAUCCAUGCCGAAACGAAGAAAGAAGAAGAACCUCUUCGAGGUGGCUCAGUUCUUGCCUCAAUGGGGUAUCGGAUACCACUUGGCUAAAUCUCAUUGGGCCAAUGUAUCUUACGAGAUCACCAAAAUCAAUCUCUACAAGGAUGGUAGGCAUGGAAAAGCAUGGGGGAUAGCUCACAAAGACGGAUUACCAAUUGCCGAUGCUCCCAAGAAGAUAAGUGGAGUUCACAAGCGAUGCUGGAAGUACAUUCCAAGCUUAGCAAAAUCAAUUGAAAGCAAGAAAAGCUCACCAAAAUCAACAGAAGCUGCUGCAAAGACCGAAGUUCAGGCAGCCUAAUCCUUUCUUUUCUUCAGUCAGAAGUGGUAGUCUGACAAUACCUUCUCUGUUAUCUUUGUUGGGUUGGUUCCGUGAGUUGUGCAGGUGUUGCAUUUACCUGAGAGGUGUAUCUCGGGGUGUUCCAUGCUUCUGGAUCAAGUCCUUUUUUUAUGUAUUCAAUGUUUCUGUUUUUCGGGAACAUCCUUGUUAGACAUUUUACGAAAAGGAAUCAUUGUUAGAUUAUACAAAUUCAAAGUAAUGGAAAUGGAAAACGGUAGAAGCAACAAAGAUUGAGCACUGUGGACUUUGUUCUGCAAGAUUUUCCUGAAGUGGGAUAUUGUUUGUUCUUGUU